GUCAUUUGACAGAACACACCAAAACAACAUGGAGGACGAUUUGCCUCUGCUGGUUUCGGUAAAUGCCUUGUCUGAUUAUCUGUACUGUUCGAUAUGCAUGAAUGUGAUGAAGGAGACGGUGAUGACCAGCUGUGGUCAUCGCUACUGCAGCCGCUGUAUCAAGGAAUGGGUGGACCGCAACCACAAGUGUCCCUGCUGUAACAAAGCCGUCACAAUGACUGAGGUGUUCAAGGACCACCAGUUUGACUGCCUCAUAGAUGCCAUUAACCAGGAGAAGACUAAGUCAGAAGCGAAAUACUUUGAGUCCCUCAUUAAUUCAGCUGUAAGCGAAUCACACACCACAACGACACUUUCUCCAAUAGAAACAGUUUUGAAAGACCACCUGAAAGAGAGCUUAGCUUCCCACGAGAGAUAUUUCCAGAAGCUGAGGAAUGAGCUAAACGAUCAGGAGAGGAGACUGGAGGUAGCGUGUGAGAACACAAUAACCGACCUGGCCUCUCAUGGUCUGUCACAGGAAGAGCUGACACAGCAAACAACAGACUUACAGAAUCGACUGUCACAUCAGAAGGAGGCUCUACAGGACGAAAUGGAAUCUUGUACUAAACUGGUGGCAGAAUCUUACAAUAGAUACCUGACAAGUCACCUCCCCAAACUAGAUGUGAUCCCUGUUAAAGUGGGCAUCACUAUACUGGACAAGAACAUGAAGGUGUCGGAUGUUGUCUUUAAACCCGCCGACAGGAUUGGAGACAAGGUGAAGGCCUCUGUAGAAGCUACCAUGGCAGCCAGGAGUGACCCAGUAGGGGAAUGGCCCGAGGAGCUACAUUUUGUGUUGUUUGGACCAUUUGUCAAGUGUAGCCAUUUUGAAAUGCAGCAGAUGGUGAGAGAAAUAUUGCAUGAUGGGAAGGUGUAUCAAGACGUCAAAGUGUUGGACAGACAGAGCCGUCCAGUCCUGGAGCAUUCCAUGAAGCCCGGCAGUGAGAUUGCCAUUUAUGGUAAGAUAAUCCUGGAGAGUGACAUGCCGAAGAAGUGUUUCCAACAAGUGUUUGAGGAGGGGAAUCCCCAGUCUGUCGACUACUUCUGCUGCAAACAGUGUGCAUUUCAGUGGAUCUGCAGGUCAUGCAUGGAAGUCUGUCACCAAGGCCAUGAAACAGUACCCUACAUAAUGAACCACCAACCAGCAUGGGCCUGCUGUUACUGUCCGAAGAAGAAGACCUGUCUGAUCCAGCCCCCACCUGGUACCCGGUAGUUGGGCCAUGUACCUCAGACAGCAAGACAGCUGUAGAGCCAGAAUCUCGAUGGGACAGUGCUGUAAAUUUCUUUACUGAUGCUGUAACUACAGUUAUGCUGUAAUUUUUCAGUGUUAUGUGACCAGGAACUCUUCAUGUCAAAUGGUAUGGGGCCAAGGUCACACCUAGGCCAAGGAGAGGUCAAGACCAAUGAACUGAUUUAUAUAUGUUGAUAAGGAAUACCUGCUGUAGUGCUAUGAUUUGUCAUUUCGAAGACAGCAUUUGUGUGUUGCCUCAUAUCACUGCUUAAUUAUAAAGAUAACAUCAAUGUUAAAUCUUAUAGGGUCAUGUUCUGGGCAUAAACUAGACAUCAUUUAUUUGUGUCUGCACUCAUACGGUCAUGAACUUAAAAUAUAAAGACAUCAUCAGUGUCUAAUCAUAGGGUCAUAUUAUAUAGACAUUGGAGUCUGCUCAUUGAGCUAUGAAUUGAUAAUGUAGACAUAUUAAUUGGUGUCUGAUCACUAGGCCUUUUGUCUACUUAUAGAAUCAUGAACUUAUAUAGACAUCAUUUGUGUCUAAUCAUAGGGCCAUGAACCUAUGGUGUCUACUCCUAGAGCUAUGAACUGAUCAUAGAGGCACAUUGGUGGGUGUCUAAUCCUUAGGCCUUUGACAUGUCAUAUAGACAUCAUGUGUGUCUAAAUAUAGGACCAUGAACUUGUACCUUUAGACACAUCAUCUGGUUUCUACUCAUUGCGUCUUUUACACAUCUUAUAGACAUUGUCUACCCAAAGGGCCAUGAACUUACCGUUUAUACAACAUUGAUGCUUAUAUUUAUAGUGCCAUGACCAAGUCACAUCAACAUCUUUUUCGUCUUAACAUAGGACUGAUCAUAUUUACUAAAUAGGCCAUGACUUGUCAUAAUGGCAUCGCUGGUGUUUAUUGAUAGGGUCAUGAACUUAUCUCAGAUACAUUUACAUGUGUUGUGUCAUUUCAUAGGGGCUAUGAACUGAUCAUAUAUACAGCAUUGAUAUAUCUGUCAUUAAGUCAUGAACUGACCAUGUAGACAGCAUUGGUGUCAAAUCACAGGGCCGUGAACUUAUCGUAGAGACUGCAUUGAUGUGUAUUAGCGCAGGGCUGUGAACUGAUCAUAGUUAGUGACAGCAUUGGUGUCUGUUCAUAGGGUCAUGAACUGAUCAUAAAGACAGCAUAUAUUGGUGUCUAUUCAAAGGGCUGUGAACUGAUCAUAAUUUAGUGACAGCAUUGGUGUCUGUUCAUAGGGUCAUGAACUGAUCAUAAAGACAGCAUAUAUUGGUGUCUAUUCAAAGGGCUGUGAACUGAUCAUAAUUUAGUGACAGCAUUGGUGUCUGUUCAUAGGGUCAUGAACUGAUCAUAAAGACAGCAUAUAUUGGUGUCUAUUCAAAGGGCUGUGAACUGAUCAUAAUUUAGUGACAGCAUUGGUGUCUGUUCAUAGGGUCAUGAACUGAUCAUAAAGACAGCAUAUAUUGGUGUCUAUUCAAAGGGCUGUGAACUGAUCAUAAUUUAGUGACAGCAUUGGUGUCUGUUCAUAGGGUCAUGAACUGAUCAUAAAGACAGCAUAUAUUGGUGUCUAUUCAAAGGGCUGUGAACUGAUCAUAAUUUAGUGACAGCAUUGGUGUCUGUUCAUAGGGUCAUGAACUGAUCAUAAAGACAGCAUAUAUUGGUGUCUAUUCAAAGGGCUGUGAACUGAUCAUAAUUUAGUGACAGCAUUGGUGUCUGUUCAUAGGGUCAUGAACUGAUCAUAAAGACAGCAUAAAUUGGUGUCUAUUCAAAGGGCUGUGAAAUGAUCAUAAUUUAGUGACAGCAUUGGUGCCUGUUCAUAGGGUCAUGAACUGAUCAUAAAGACAGCAUAUAUUGGUGUCUAUUCAAAGGGCUGUGAACUGAUCAUAAUUUAGUGACAGCAUUGGUGUCUGUUCAUAGGGUCAUGAACUGAUCAUAAAGACAGCAUAUAUUGGUGUCUAUUCAAAGGGCUGUGAACUGAUCAUAAUUUAGUGACAGCAUUGGUGUCUGUUCAUAGGGUCAUGAACUGAUCAUAAAGACAGCAUAUAUUGGUGUCUAUUCAAAGGGCUGUGAACUGAUCAUAAUUUAGUGACAGCAUUGAUGUAUAUUCAUAGGGUCAUCAAGCUAUCAUAUCGACAUCAUUAAUGUCUACUCAUUGAUGUCUCAGGAUGUUGAACUUAAUAAUGAAUCUAUGAAACUGAAACAAAAAAUAAAUACC